UUGCAUUGACUAACCAGCAAUGAAAGAGCUUAUAGAAACAGUUUGCAGAAGAGCCAUAAAAACGCUGAUAGAUAAAACAGUUAAAUAAAUGUGCCCUCUUUAUGUUGCUCUUAAAAAAAACUGGUCUGUUUACCACAGUCAAGAGCCACACAACUCUGCAUCACUUACUGGAACUGAAGAAUAUGUUCUUCUUAAAAUGGGAUGGGAUAUAUUAAUCACAAAACUAGGAACUACCAGUGUGAUUUUGCAACAUAUGGAUACCACCACAAUAUUGGACGGUAAUAAUACAGCUCCUGAUAGCAAUUGCACCAGCAGACUACAUAACGUCCAAGAGAUCAUCAGAUGGAUCACAUUUGCUGUUGGGCUUCCAGGCAUUGGCGUUUCUAUCUACCUCAUGGGCAUGCAGGCAAAAACUGGCAAGGCUGCUCCUGUCUACCUCAUCAGCCUGCUCGCAUCCGACAUCUUCAGCAUCCUUGGGCGGCCGAAGGCGUCUGCGGGGGACAACAAGCAAACCAGUAUGCAGAGUAUGGAUAUAUCCUACCUGAUAUUCUACUUCGGCAUCGUUUCCAACAUCGUGUUCAUGGUCUGCGUUGCUCAGGAGCGAUAUCUGUUGGUAACCUGUCCAAAAUAUAACGCCUUCUGCGUAAAACUCAAGCAGUCAAGCAUGAUUUCAUUGGCUGUGUGGGCAGCUCCGUUUGCAAUACUCUUUCUGGUUUACCAAGGAUAUGACGUCUUGUUUUCCAUAGCUCUUCUUCUCCCACUACCACUCCUGGUGUUUUUCUUUCUGGAUUCUUUCAGAGCCUUAUGGUGUACAAGAUGGAGAGCACCUGUGACUAACAGAAACAAGAUUCUGGGUAUGCAGGCGGCCAUCUUGAGUAAUUACAGUAUACUUUACCUCCCCUUUGUCCUAAAUACACUGUUCAAGGCAUUGUCUCUAAGCUCCUACGUUUGCUACUUGGGACUUGUAUCUGAUCUUCUUCUCUAUCUUGGCCCACUUGUGGACCCUUUCCUCUCAAUCCUUCUUACGAAUGGAAUUGGUGACAUUUUGAAGGCCUUUCCCUGCUGUAAGAGGACAAACACACAGGAGAAUAUGGAGACUGUGAACUCAGACACUGUGGAAACAGUGUCUGGUAUCGUAUCUGUGCUCUGAAUAAUAAUAAAUUUAAAAUUGAUAAUCAAAAAAUUGAACUAAUAAUUGUUUGUUUUGAUUGUUACAUUUUUACAGGGUUAUGCCACCCAAAAAUGAAAAUUCUGUCAUA